AUGAAGCUCCUGCCCGCUGCCCCUCUUCUCCUGCUUCUCCUGACGACGCUGGAAGCCAGACCAAAAACUGGAGGUGAGCCCCGGCCGUGCAGGACAGGUCCCCUGGACAUCGUGUUUGUGAUCGACAGCUCCCGCAGCGUGCGCCCCUUCGAGUUCGAGACCAUGCGGCGGUUCAUGAUGGACAUCAUCGGCAGCCUGGAUGUGGGCCCCAAUGCCACGCGGGUGGGGGUGAUCCAGUACUCCAGCCAGGUGCAGAACAUCUUCUCCCUCAAGACCUUCUUCACACGGGCAGACAUGGAGAAGGCCAUCAACAGCAUCGUCCCGCUGGCCCAGGGCACCAUGACGGGACUGGCCAUCCAGUACGCCAUGAAUGUGGCCUUCACCACGCAGGAGGGCGCGCGCCCUCUGCACAAGAAGAUCCCCCGCAUCGCCAUCAUCGUGACAGACGGACGGCCCCAGGACCGUGUCACCGAGGUGGCCACCCAGGCCCGGAACGCUGGCAUCGAGAUCUAUGCCGUGGGCAUCCAGCGGGCAGACAUGAACUCGCUGCGGGCCACGCUGGAGGAGCACGUCUUCCUGGUGGAGUCCUUCGAGCUCAUCCAGCAGUUCGGGAAGCAGUUCCAGGACAAGCUCUGUGGGGUGGACAAGUGCAUGGAGCAGGAGCACGGCUGCCAGCACAGCUGCGUCAGCACCCUCGGCUCCUUCUACUGUGAAUGCAACCCGGGCUACAGGCUCAACGUGGACGGAAAGACCUGUUCCCCCAUCGAUGUGUGUGCAGACGGGAGACAUGGCUGUCAGCACCAGUGCGUCAGCGCUCGUGGGUCGUACUCGUGCCACUGCCGCGCGGGUUACUACCUCAACCAGGACAAGAGGACCUGCUCUAUGAUCGAUUACUGCAGCUUUGGAAACCACAGCUGCCAGCACGAGUGCGUGAGGCCUGUUCCUGGGCUACCCUGCCUGGGUAGGGAUAACCCUGUGCCCUUGGCUUUUCUUCCAGCCACCGACCUCUGCAACGGGGUGGAUCACGGCUGCGAGUUCAAGUGCGUGAGCAGUGAGGGCUCCUACCACUGCGUGUGCCCUGAGGGCCAGCAGCUCCAGGCUGACGGCAAGGCGUGCAGCAGGUGCGGGGCCGGGCGCGUCGACCUGGUGAUGGUGAUCGAUGGCUCCAAGAGCGUCCGGCCCCAAAACUUUGAGCUGGUGAAGCAGUUUGUGAAUCGUGUCGUGGACCUGCUGGAGGUGUCCCCCCAUGGCACGCGGGUGGGGCUGGUGCAGUCCUCCAGCCGCGUCCGCACCGAGUUCCCCCUCAACAAGUACCACAGCGCGGACGAGAUCAAGAAGGCGGUGAUGGCGGUGGAGUACAUGGAGAAAGGCACUAUGACGGGCCUUGCCCUCAAGCACAUGGUGGAGCACAGCUUCUCUGAGCUGGAAGGUGCCAGGCCGCUCUCCCACAACGUCCCCAGAAUCGGGCUCGUCUUCACAGAUGGGCGCUCCCAGGACGACAUCUCCGAAUGGGCCAGGAGAGCAAAGGAGUCAGGGAUCGUCAUGUUCGCCGUGGGUGUCGGCAAGGCCGUGGAAGAGGAGCUGAGAGCGAUCGCCUCCGAGCCGGUGGAGCAGCACUUCUCCUACUCGGCAGACUUCACCACCAUGACCCACCUCGUGGAGAACUUCAAGCUGAACAUCUGCCCAGAGGAGGGCAAAGGGGAGACGGAGAUCCGCAGCCCGUGCGAGUGCGAGGCGCUGGUGCAGUUCCAGACGAACACCGUGGCCAUCCUGCAGAGCCUGACUGAGAAAAUUGCUCAGAUGACGGCCAGACUCGAAGACUUGGAAAAGCAGAUUGCCAACAAGAAGUGAUGCUGGCAGAGGGCUGCAGCGCUCAGACGGGGCACGGGGUCAUAUGGUAGCUACGUGGUGUUGUUAUUGCUAGGUUAUUGUAAAGCAUCAGUGUUUGUUCUUGUACCGCAAAAUCUCAAGGGGGAUGCAGAGCGUAUUUAAAAA